AUGCCUCGAAUACGCCCCUCCGCCCUCAUAAAAGCCUACCGGGACAAUCCACUCCUCCCAUUACUUCUAAAAGAAUGCCGUACCCUCGAAUCAGCACGCAAUGAGCUUCGCUGGCUACGCGAACACGCGCUUCGCACCAGCCAAACGCGAACGCGCCAACAACCAGAACCAAACCCAACAAGGCCAGAAUGGAAGAUGCACCUCAUAUCCAUGUGCCGCCAAAGAUCACGCGGCUACCCGCUCCAAUAUAUCCUAGGUGACCAACCAUUUGGUGACCUAGAGAUCCUCUGCCGACCCGGCGUAUUAAUCCCAAGGCCAGAUACAGAGUCUUAUGUUAUUCAAGCAGCCAAAUUAGUGGAGCAAAUGGCCAUGACCACGGCCAUGAGCUCAGAGAGUUCUUCUACCGACAAAAUUGAUCCGAAACCGCUGCGGAUCUUAGAUCUCUGCACAGGAACAGGCUGCAUAACCCUCCUGCUCCACGCCCUCCUGUCCCCGCGAUUCAAGCACCUCCGCGUAAUGGGCAUAGACAUUAGUUCCAAAGCAUUAAGCCUAGCCCGCAAAAACCUGGACCAUAAUCUGCAACAAGGAUUAUUGACUCAUCGUGCAUCUACCGAUAUACAAUUCCACCGCGCGGAUGUCUUGGGCUUACCCACAGGUGGUGGUGGUAGUGGUGGUGGUGAUGAUGAUGAUGAAGGAAUCCCAAACGUGGAGAAAAUUCUUUCUGAAUACUUUGAUCAACCUGGAGAAACAGGAACGAGCGAAGAUGCGCCCCUCGACCUUGAACCCGGGUGUGAUCUACUCAUAUCGAACCCGCCAUAUAUUUCGACAAGUGAUUUCCGGAAUGGGACCACUGCGCGAAGCGUGAGGCUUUUCGAACCGAAAUUGGCUCUGGUUCCUCCUCCUCCUCCGCCUCAAUCUCGACAAUCUCCUACUCCUACUCCAGCCAUGGGGCACGUCCGGCCCGAGGAUAUAUUCUAUCGCCGUAUUCUUGAGUUAUCGUAUAAACUACGAACGAAAGUGACAGUCCUGGAAUGUGGUGAUAUCAAACAGGCUGGACGGGUUGUUGAAAUGCAUAACUUUAUGGCUCCGGAACGGGAUCGCUUCCAAGAUCAUUUCGAUGUGCAAGUCUGGCCGAAUACUGAGCAGGAUAUGGCUUUUUAUGGGUUUCAUCAUAAUGAAGGAUCGAGGUGUGUGAUCAUUCAACGGGGGAUUAGGUCAAGUGAUAGCAAGUGA